AGAAGAAGCAAGAAGAUGGGUCUGGUUUCCUACUUCAGCCUCGGGCUCCUGGGAUGCCUGGUAAUUGGACCCUUCAUGAAUGGAGGUGUCCGUGCUGCAGAGUGCCCCAACAACUGGCUGUCUUUCGAGGGGAGAUGUUACGGCUACUUCCCCCAGGAGGUUUCCUGGCAGCAUGCGGAGAAUGAAUGUCAGCGCCUAGGGGGACACCUCGCCUCCAUUCUGAACAGGAACGAGCACAACGCCGUUGCCAGGUUCCUGCAGCAGGCCCAGAGGUGGGACGACGAAGACGUCUGGUUCGGGCUCUCCAUCCCUGGCAGGAGCAGCAACUGGGCCUGGGCAGACGGAAGCCCCGUGAGCUACACAGCCUGGGAAAAGUACAAGAGCUACCCUGCCCUGAAAGGCGAGCAUUGUGCUGCCCUGGACGAGUCUUCAGGGUUCAUGCUGUGGGACAACGAUUCCUGCUACGACCGGAACCCCUUCGUCUGCAAGGUGUAGACAAGCCCACCUGGUGGGCAGGGAUCCUGGAAGCUUCAUCACGGACCACAA